AUAGCAAGCAAACGUUUUCUCCCUGCCAGAGGUACGAAACCGCUUCCUCGAUAUCUAUGGGACUUGGAAGAUCUGAAAAAUAAGACUGGUGGCGAGUACACACAUGAGCCUCUGCGAAUCAGACGUCUCGGAGGACGUGAUCCCGAAACAGGAAGGAAAGUAAACCAGCAUAUAGGAGGCGGAGUCAAAUUUGACUACUUCAUGAUCGACUAUCAUAGAAGAGGACCAAUAGAAGCUGGACAGACGUAUGAUGAGAGAGUUUUGGAAGUGCGGCGUGAUCCUAACAGGACAUCGCUCAUAGCUCUCGUAGCUGGUAAGGAUGGAAAGCGAUGGAUUCUUGCGACUGAACACAUGAAGGCUGGAGACAUCAUCUCUACAAGUUGUCAUAUACCGGAAAAUCCAGUUAUUGGAGUAGAAGGGAAUGCGUAUCCGAUUGGUGCCCUGGUAGCAGGAACUUUGAUCAACAGUGUUGAACGAUUUCCUGAUGUUCGAGAAAAUCUGGACAGUGAUGUGUUUGUUGUCAAAGCUGGAACCGCUGCAACCAUUGUACGACACCAAGGCGAUUUUACAGUGAUCCGGUUGCCUUACAAACACGAAUUCUCGUUGCACCGAACUUGCAUGGCGACCGUUGGCCGCUUAUCUCACGCUGAUAUCGAGAACAAAAUUUUUGGAUCAGCUCAGAUGCAUAGGCGCUUUGGAUACAAAAUGGCUAGCGGGUUGUUCCACAAGAAGGAUGGAUAUUUUGGGCGAAAGAUUCGCCCAUUACCACCGGUUCGUGUCUUGGAUAAGCCAGCGAGAGAGCCACCUCCAAAAUGUCAGUUUUCUCUUACAAAGGAUGAGAUCAGUGGACUUUUUGGGCACGCAAAAGUCCACAACUUGUUACCCUCAGGUUAUACUACUAGAGAUUACGACUACUACAAACCAAAUAAAGAAUAG